AUGAGCAAGGCAGACAAGGGCAAAUUACCAGCUCAACCGAGUAGUAAUUGGGCAAAAUUACAAAAGACCCUAUCACCGGUCGAGCCGAAAUACAAGGAGAAAAGUACCAAACAAAAGAAAAGCGAAGCUCGAAGAGAUUUCAUAAAUUCAACUAAAAAAACAAAACCGAAUGGAUUAGGAGGUAUCUCGAGAUAUCUUGGUAAAUCGGAUUUUGACAGAAACGAUCAAUCUUCGAGCGUUCCUGUUGCUGGACCGUCAAAAAUUACUGUCCCUGCAGCGAACGAUACCAAAGAAGAUGUUAUACUCUUACCUUCGCCUUCCGAUUUACCCCUAGUAGAGGAAUUAAGAAUAUUGGCUACUGGCAAGAACGUGUUAAACGAGUCCAAGAAAGCGCCUGGAAACUACAUUGCAAUAGAUUGCGAGAUGGUAGGAACAGGACCCAACGGAUCCGAAUCAUGUUUAGCAAGAGUCUCUAUCGUCAAUUACCAUGGACAUAUCUUACUAGACACAUUCGUUCAACCGAGAGAAAAAGUGACGGAUUGGAGAACCUGGAUAUCUGGAGUAAGGGAGAGGGAUAUGAUCGGUGCGCCAGCGUUCGAAGAUGUUCAAAAACAAGUAGCCGAAUUGUGCGAAGGGAGAAUUGUAGUUGGUCAUGCGGUAGACAAUGAUCUCAAGGUUCUACUCCUCAGUCACCCUAGUCCAUUGAUAAGAGAUACUCAGAAGUGUAAGAUGCUCCGUGAAAAGGCGAAGAACAAGCAUCCCGGUUUGAAGAAGUUGUCGGAAAUGGAAUUGGGUAUUAGAAUACAGCAAGGAUCGCACAGUUCGGUCACCGACGCUCGAGCUACAAUGGCAUUGUAUCGUCUGCACAAACUUGAAUGGGAGAAACAACUACAUCACACUACUGAAGCUUAUCGAGCCAAAGUUGCCAAAGGCAAAAAAACCGAUACUCCCGCCGCAAAUGGCAAACGAAAACGAGAUGACGAAGACGAGGAGGAUGAUGAAGAUGAAGGGGACGAAGAGAGCACGUUACAAGCGAGGAAGAUCAAGCAAUUUCCUGGUGGAGGUAGAAAAGGUAUAAGUAGUGGGUUAGGCGUGAUAGUAAGAAAAAACGGUAAAAGAGUUGAGAGUGGUGGUGGCCAUAGAGAAGAGAAGAGAUCUGGCACGCAAACAAAUGGGAGCGGUGCAGGGAACUGGUGGGAUUCAGUUUGA